AUGAAAAUAUUGAAAACAUUUAUAAUAUUUUUAUUUACAUUUACUAUUGUAUAUAGUGAAAUAACAAAUAAUGAUAAUUUGAAAGACCUUUGUUCUGUUUUUGAUCCAUUUAGAAUUUCACCUGAAGAAAAUAAGUAUCAAAUUGGUGGAGCAUUUCCAUUACAUAAAGAUGAUUGUUUAACUUUACGAUCUGAUACAGUUCAAGAUAUUGUCGCAAUUCAAUGGGCCUUAUCCCAUUGGAAUCAAAAUAAUCUUAAUAGUGAUUGUAAAAUUGGUUUUUAUGCUGGUGAUAGUUGUUCAAGGAAUAAAGAAACAAUUUCACAAACACUACGAUUUCUUGAUUCUAUUGGAUACCAUGAACCAAAAGAAUGUGAAGAUACAAAUAAUAAUGGUACACAAAAAUUUGUUUUUCUUAUUUCACCAAAAGAUGCUAAUGCUUCUAUUGCUCUUGGGAAUAUUUUAAAAACAACAAAUUUACCAGUUGGGGUUUACUCCACAGCAUCUUUAAAUUCAUUAAUAAAUAAUAAUAUAAAAAAUAUUAUUUCAACUGCACCACCAGUUAGUGCAUUUAUCGAGAUGUUUGCAAAAAUAAUGUCAUCUUUAAACUCAAAUCUAGUUACAAUUGUCGAUAACAAUGAUAUUGAAACUGUAGAUAAAGUUAUAAAUCAAUUAAAAAAAUAUAAAAUUUAUGUUGCCGAAGUUGUUGCUUAUAAUGAUCCAUUAUUAAAAAAAGUACUUAAAGAAACAGAUAGUAAAAUAAUUUUAUCAAUUUUACCAAAAUCAGAAUUAAUAACAAGUAUUAAUGAUGAAGAAAUUGUUUUAUUAAAUAAAUUAUGGAUAGCAAUACCAUUAGAUAGUGAAAAAAUAAAUGCUAAUGAUUUUUAUUUAUAUGAUAAUUCAUCAAAUUUGCAAAUAAUGAUAUUACAAAAAAAAAUUAAUAAAUAUGAUAAUUUUAAAUCAUAUUUUUUAAAAGUGGUAAAAAAUAAUUAUGAAUCUUAUGCAUUAUUAGUUUCAUAUUUACAACAAAUUCAUAAAUGUGUAUUAGAUGAUAAGAAUAUAAUAAAUAAAAAAAAAUUAACUAAAAAUUUUUCACCUAAAUGUAGUAGUCUUACUAUUGAAAAUAUGGAAGAUGCUUAUGAACAAACAGAAACAUUAGAAAAUAUAAUUUUAUUGACAUAUGGUGUAUCAGCUUUAGCAAAGUCAAUUGAAAAUAAUGAUUCAUUAAAAUUACAAUGCGCAAAAUCAUCAAUUGAUUGUUUAAAUAUAAUAUUUAAGGAACUAACAAAUUUAAAAUAUAAUUUUGGAGCAAAUGAUCCUAUAGAAUUAAAUGACUUAUCAAUAUCAUUUUAUUUAUCACCAUAUGAAAAUAAUGUUAUGUUAUUGUCAGAUCAAAUAAUUGAUGGUUAUUUAGUUAGACCAGAUUUUUUAUUAUCACAAAAUACAGUUAAUUUUGAUAAAAUUUGUGAAUAUCAAAUGGGUGAAAUUUCAAAAUGGAUGAUAUAUAAAAUGUUUAAUAAAAUUUCUAAAGAUAUUAAAUCAACAUGUCCAUUAUAUAGAUCAUAUUGUGGAAAAUGUCAACAUACUGUUCAAGUAAUUGAAGAUAGAUAUUUUUUAUCAAUACCUAAAAAUUAUCCAAUAUAUAUUGUUGGAAUGUUUGAUUUUCAUUAUGGUGAAAAUUGUAAAAAUCUUAAAACAACAACAGAUAUAUCAUUACCAAUGGCAUUUGUUCAUACAGCAUGGACAUUUAGACAAAGAUAUCCACAAUUAAAAUUAUUAAAACACAUUGAUUUUGGAACAAUGAUUGCUGAUGGAUGUUCUUCUGGUAAAGAAGCUAUUAAUUUUGUCGUUCAAUCAGAAUCAACAUGUUAUAGUUUUGAACAAGCUAAUAGAAAUAUAACUAUUGUUCCUGGUAGUACAUUUGGAUAUAUUUCAGGUGUUUCAGGAGAAAAUCAAAUUGCUUUACAACAUUAUUUUUCUGAUUCAUCUAAUGAUGCACCAAUGGUUUCUAUUGAUGGUGAACAUAAUUCAAUUAAUAAAAUAUUUACAACAAUGCCUAGUAAUAAAAAUUUAGGUUUAGUAUUAUUACGUUUCUUAAGAAAAAUGAAAUGGGAAUUUGUUUCUGUUAUUUUAUCAGAAAAUGAUUAUGAAUCAUUAAGUGCUUUUAAACAAUUUGAAAGAAUGGCAAAUGAUAGAGGUAUUUGUAUAGCUGAAGUUAUUAAUGUUAAUACAAAUGGGGGUGAAAAUGUAUAUGUACAUGGAAGUAAUGUUACAUUAAUGUUUACAACAUCAAAAGAUGCUUCUGAAUAUCUUACAGGUCGUUUAAAAAGAGGUUUUGGAUCAAAUGGUGGUAAUAGUAGACAUGGAAUAAAUAAUAUUGUUCAUGUUAUGAUUGGUGAUGCUCAUAAUUUUUAUUUACAUGAUCCAACAAAUGUACAAAAUUUUAUUGGUACUGUUUCUAUUCAACCAAAAGAUGUUCUUUAUCCUGAUUUUAAACAAUGGUUAGAAAUGAUUACACCAUUAACAUUACCUGAAUCAUGGUAUUGGACAAUUGUUGAAGAAAAAUGGCAAUGUGCAUUAUUAAAAAAAAAUAAAGAUUUAUAUGGAGGAAAAAUGUGUACAGGUGAAGAAUUAUUAGAUGUUUCUCAAUUAGGUCGUAUGACUAAAACAGGUUAUUUAGCAAGAGGAAUGGAAAGAUUACUUUUUACAAUGGAUGCUGUAUAUAAUCAACUUUGUAAUGAUAAAAAUGGUAUUUGUGAAGAAUUUUUAAUUAAAGGUAGAAAACAAAUACUUCAAAUUUUAUUAAAUACACCAAUUGAGGAUCAUUUUGAAAUAUAUGAAUUUUUACCUAAAGAAGAUGUUAAAAAUGGUGGAUAUGAAUUUAAAAAAAUAGGUAAUUGGUCAAUAGAAUCAGGUUUACGUUUACAAAUAUUUUAUAAAACAUAUGUAAAUAAUGAAUAUCAAAGUACAUUUCAUCAUAUAUCACAAUGUCUUCCACCACUUUGUAAAUGUUUCUUAGAUUCAACAAAUUUUUUACUAGAACCAUUAAAUCAUAUUACAAUUGAAGAUGGAUUUCAAAAUUUAAAUGAAAAACAAACAUUUCAUUCAAUGAUUUCAAGUAAUUCGUAUAUGCAUCAAGAACCAACAAUAGCAUCAUCAAAAGUUGGUAAAUAUACAUCAUUUUUUGAUCAUUUAACAAAUGGAAUAUGGUCACAUAAUCCAAUAAAUUAUAUUAUAUUAUUAAUAAAUACAGUUUUCCUAUUCUUAGCAAUAGCAAUAUUAGGAUUAGUAAUAUUUAAAAUGUAUAUACGUGUUGUUAAAGGUAAUCAAUCAUUAGGAAUAACAUUACUUAUUGGAAUUAUUGGUCUUUAUAUAACAGGAUAUUUUUUUAUUUUUGAUGCAACUGAUAUAAUUUGUAGAUGUCGAAUGAUAUCACAUGGAUUAUCAUAUACAUUAUGUUUUGGUGUUAUGAUAGCAAAAGCAACACAAUUAAAAAAUGCUGAAACAUUAGGAUUUUCAAAUGUUAUACAUAUAAGUUAUUGGAAUUAUUGGCAAUUAUUAUUUUUUAUUGUUGGUGUUCAAUUAGCAUUAAGUCUUCGAUGGAUUAAUGAACCAUUUGCUUCAACAUUAUUAAUUGAUGCUACAUCAAUAGAUAUAGAUUCAGGUAUAAUGGUAUGUACAUAUGGACAUAGUGAAUUUAUUUUAUCACAUUCAUAUGUUAUUAUUCUUUUAAUAUUAACAUUAUUUAUUAAUUCACAAAAUAGAAAUAUUAAAAGAAAUUAUAAAGAAACAAAAUGGUUAUUUGCUGCAUCAAUAGUAUGUUUUAUUGUAUGGAUUGGAUGGAUUACAACAUAUUUUAUUGUACCAGAUAUAUAUAAGAAUUAUGUUAUUGUAUUUGAGAUAAUAUUUUGUGGAACUGUAUUAUUAGCAUUUAUGUUUGGACCAAAAAUUUAUAUAUUAUUAUCAUAUGAACCUGUAAUUGUUGAAUGUCAACCAAAUGAAACAAUUGUUAAUACUAAAAAUGAUGACAAUGAUUUAUAUGAAAAAAAUUGUGAAUUUGAUGUUAGAAGUGGAUCACCUACUUUAUCUUCUGAAACAGGUAGUUGUCGAUCAAUUAAUUUUGAAACAAAAAUGACAAAUCUAACAAAAUCAAGUAACUCUCCAGCAUCCGGUAUUAUAAGUGAUGAAGAUUUUGAUAAACAAAUAUUUCAUACACAAAUGAGAAAAAAAAAAUUUGAAACAAAUAAUAUUAAAAAAAUUUGA